AUGGCAGCCCCUGGGGCUUCCACUUGUGACCUCAAGUACGACGUCUGCCGUGGUGCCCCUGGUGCGAAUUUGUCGACCUGCGCCUCUGACAAGGCCGCCUGUGAGGCUGCUAGUUCGAGUUGCCAGGCCAAAUACGAUGCCUGCCGUGGUGCCCCCGGUGCAAACCUGUCGACUUGCGCUUCCGAGAAAGCUGCUUGUGACGCGAAUGGCGGAAGCACUUCGACUACAACUGAGGCUCCUCAGCCCACCUCGUCGGGCACUAGCGACUGCCAGACUAAGUACGACACCUGCCGUGGUAAGCCCGGUGCGAACCUAUCAACCUGCGCCUCUGACAAGGCCGCCUGUGAGGCUGCUGGUUCGAGUUGCCAGGCCAAAUACGAUGCCUGCCGUGGUGCCCCCGGUGCAAACCUGUCGACCUGCGCUUCCGAGAAAGCUGCUUGUGACGCGAAUGGCGGAAGCACUUCGACUACAACUGAGGCUCCUCAGCCUACCUCGUCGGGCACUAGCGACUGUCAGACCAAGUACGACACCUGCCGCGGUAAGCCCGGUGCGAACCUAUCGACCUGCGCCUCUGAUAAGGCCGCCUGUGAGGCUGCUGGUUCGAGCUGCCAGACCAAGUACGAUUCAUGCCGUGGUGCCCCUGGUGCGAACCUAUCGACCUGCGCUUCCGAGAAGGCUGCCUGUGACGCGAACGGCGGAAGCACCUCGACUACGACUGAGUCUCCUCAGCCUACCUCGUCGGGCACUAGCGACUGUCAGACCAAGUACGAUACCUGCCGCGGUAAGCCCGGUGCGAACCUAUCGACCUGCGCUUCCGAGAAGGCUGCCUGUGACGCGAACGGCGGAAGCACCUCGACUACGACUGAGUCUCCUCAGCCUACCUCGUCGGGCACUAGCGACUGUCAGACCAAAUACGAUACCUGCCGCGGUAAGCCCGGUGCGAACCUAUCGACCUGCGCCUCCGACAAGGCCGCCUGUGAGGCUGCCGGUUCCAGCUGUCAGGCAAAGUACGAUUCAUGCCGUGGUGCCCCUGGUGCAAACCUGUCGACCUGUGCGUCUAAGAAGGCUGCAUGUGACGCGAACAGAGGCGGCACUUCCACCUCAUCAGUUGGCUCUGCUUCAGCAUCCCCUUCGGCGCCUGUCUUUAAUGGUGCAAGCCGGCUCUCAGGCAAUAUUGCUGUUGUAGGUGUCUUGGCUCUCGGCCUAGCCAUUUAA